GAUCGCAAACUCUCGCGGAAGUAGACGGGGCUGUUUCGGAAGAGUUCAGUUUGCUGUAGCUGAAAGCGGCUUCUUGGCGCGUCGCAGGACUGACUACAGAGCUGAUGUGAAUGUUUCUGUCCGCUUCCACUGUCGUGCGUGUUCGAAGGGAACGGACCCACAACAGAACUUCAGCCGAGGACCAGUGUUAGCGUGUGGCUAAUGACAACCACCAAACGUCAACAGGAAGUAAAAAGGCUAGCUAAAACUAGCGUCUACUUGCACUUUGAGCUCUUCAGGUAUGAACUGUUCUUUAGAGAAGGUUCUGGCAGAUGCCAAGUCGUUAGUAGAAAGACUCCGUAACCACGACAACGCCGCAGAGAUGCUCAUCGAACAGACAACCUCCCUCAACAAGCGGGUGGAGGCCAUGAAGCAGUACCAGGAGGAGAUCGAUUCUCUCAACCAGGUUGCACGACAUCGACCUCGCUCCAGUCUGGUCCUGGGAAUCCAGCAGGAAAACCGUCAGAUCAGGGAACUCCAACAGGAAAACAAAGAGCUCCGAACGUCGUUGGAGGAGCACCAGUCUGCACUGGAGCUCAUCAUGACCAAAUACAGGGAGCAGGUGUUCAGGCUUCUCAUGGCCAGCAAGAGGGAGGACCCUGCCAUCGUCACCCAGCUGAAAGAGCAGCACACCACGGAAAUGCAGGCGCACAUAGACAAAAUAAACGAGAUGGCGUCGGUGAUGAGGAAGGCGAUAGAGGUGGACGAGGGCCGGGUUUGUGAAGACGAGGAGAGGAUUAAACAGCUAGAGCUAGAGAACAGCGGACUCCGAGAGCUGCUGGGAAUCAGUCGUGAGGCUUUCCUCGUCCUAAAGAGAGAAGAGGCCUCGGAGAACACGUCGCUGUCUCCGCUGCUGACCAGCGCCGACGUCAGCCUGCGGAAGAGCUAGAGCUCCGCCCCCUUACGGGCCGCCGCCGCCGCCGUUCCACCCACAGACUCCUCAAGGCGAAGCCUCCUGCCGCAUGUCGCCACCGGAGCCCCGUCUCUGUCUGCUGUCGCUGUAAUGUUUUGCUUUCUUGUGUCAGUGUGGAGCCUGCGUCGUUUUAAAGUAUGAAUGAGUGAAAGAGUGACAUAAAUAAAUGCACAGUGGUCAAACCGUGUGAGGCCAUGUUGAUUUAAUGUAACAUCUAAACAAUCGUAGCAUGUAUUCCCAUGUUUCUGUCUCUGUUUUGGUUUCGGUGGUUGUGUGUGUAUACGCAACUUCUUACUUUCACAACUCCUGUUAUUGUUGUCGACGGAUUUAAGGACAGGAAGCGAAACUUUUAACUGCUCAAAACACUGCCAGGAGUAGGAGCAGAUGUUCUCAGGUUCUCUUAUUUAUGAUGGGGGGAAAAAAACAAUAAAACUACAAUGUAAAUAAUAGCCUUUUACAGCUACAAAAUAAAUUAGCUUAAAAAUAAGAUGAUUUACUUGAAAUAUGUUUAUUUACAGUGCUUUGCAUUGUUUGUUUUACAAAUAAAAAUCUGAGAAGUA